AUGAAGCUUUCUCUCACUUUCUCGUUUGCUGCUGUGACUGUCACGUCAUCUUGUGCUACUGCCUCUGUGGUCGACAAUCAUCACGAACACGCUAGUAUUCGUCACAAUACUUUGCCGUGUACUGACGCACUAUGCGAUGAUGGCUACCCUCCUGUGUGCGGUUUCGGCAGCAAAACUUACCCCAACGCGUGCAUCUAUCAGGCGACUAACUGCCGCACCAAUGUCACGAUGGCUUAUUCAGGGCCUUCUCGUGAUAACCAGCGGGUACACUUGUCAGCAUCGGCAACCUCAUUAAACGAGAAAUCGCCUUUAAUUUGCGACCAUACUCAUUCAGCUAACGAAGAACGGCAUACAUCUUUUCGUCCAGAGAUCCCAAGUUCGUUUAUCUUCAUAUCUCAUGAUUCUGAAAGGCAAAGAGUGUUGCAUUUAUUCAGCAAGGCUACCAGUAUUGAAGAUCUUUCUGAUAAUCUGGUACAUCCCUACAUCUUCCUCGAGGUGCUGUAUAGGCAAUUUCUCACCCGUGAUUUUGAAUCUCUUGGAGCUACGAGGUUUUUGGGUAUGAGAGCGAACAUCCUUGUUCGGAACACUUUGUUCAAACCACCGAAAAAGUCGAAAAGGUUGACAAAAGCAGGUAAAAAGGCUAAAUAA